AUGAGACAAAGAUUUCAACUGUCGUUCAAGGCCCUGAUUUACACCAUUCUUCAGCUGGAGGUCAAAUACUACUCCUUCAAUGUGAAUACAUCUACUGGAUUAGGUGAAUACUAUGAAUUUUUAAUCUUUUUGUCGGGAAAUAUCUGUACUCAGCCGGAUAAUGUUGGCAUCGACAACACAAGUCUAGCAGUGUAUUAUUCCUUCAAUUCGACAAUGUUUCAAAAUAACGAAGUUGGACAAAUGCAAUUGUUUGAGGAUGGGUAUUUCCAAGCAUUGGCGGAUUUGCCGAUCGAUCCCAACACAUCAACCACAGAAGGAACGUCGUUGGCAACUUCUGGAGCAGCAGCAUCAGCCACAACAAUACCAUCAUCAUCAAAAAGCAGUAGCGGUGAUGAUGAAGAGCGAGUUUUAUAUAUCGCUGUACGUGCCCCCGAAAAUACCAAUCUUACAGCUACCUGGACGUACCAAAUUGGUGUUUCGCAAAACGAUUUAGUGUUCCAAUGGGAUAAUCGAACAUUUGGCUCGAUUAUAGAUGCCGAUGAUAGACUGGCAUUAUUAGUCACGGAGAAUCUCACGGAAUUUGGCGGGGAUUGGCGGACAUUGAAUGCGUCCAAAUCGCAGUAUUCACUUUAUGUGUAUCCAUAUAAGGAUAAGGAUAUUUUCGAAGGGUUGAGCAAGAGUUGGUGUGCAAUACGGUCGGGACACGCAAUGAUGGGCCCAUGGAAUAUUGAGACUUCAUUCACUAGUAGAAAUGGGGGAAUUCAACAGCAAUUUUACGUGCCUAAUUUGGAGGAGCUGACUCAAUACACUGGGUACAUUGUGGCUGAUUUCAGCGGAACUUCAUUUGGUGGGGCUAUAUACCAUCAAAUUGAGUUUGAAACGAUGGCGGGUCUGGCGUGUGAGUUGAUUUAUGAUUUGGAGUUUUGUGAUCGAGUUGCUUAUAGUGUACCAGCAUUGGGUAAUCGGACUGAUGAAUCCGACGCAGUGAAGAAUAUGACAAAGAUGGUUUAUGAUAAUUAUGUCAAGAGUUUGUAUCAGAAUUUCUCCAAAGCGUUGCAGCAAGUUGCAUGUGAUACUAAUCCAGAAUCAGUUUAUUCGAAUGUCAAGACGUGUGACGAUUGUGCCGAUAGUUAUAAAGAUUGGUUAUGUGCCGUUUCCAUCCCGCGGUGUGCAGCCACGAAUUUCCCUGGUUAUAAAGCGCGCAAUGGUACUAAUCAGCGAAACGAUUUCAUUCUGGAUAUGAUCCAACCGGCAGAAGAUUAUUUUGAAAUAUUGCCCUGUGCCAAUGUAUGUCAUGCCAUUGUGCGUGAUUGUCCUGCUGAUUUCCAAUUUCAGUGCCCUAUCAACAACCAGAGUAUUGCUUUGAGUUAUUAUUGGGACGAAGACACAUCUACGCAAUGGCCAUCGUGUAAUUAUGUUGGGAAGAUGUUUACAAAGAACAGUUGGGGGUUGAAACUAGGUGCUAAUUGGGCGCUUCUAUCGGUAGUUCUUUUCAUGCAGGUUAUAUAG